CGAAGAACGAACCGCUCAUCAUUACUCCCCGCGCUCUCUAACGGCUUUUCCGCGCUAUUAGCAUUUAAGUAGUUAGCAAAAUUUUGAGGGGACACGCAGCUAGCUUGGGACUCGAUUGAGCUGUUAAUGGAGGUGGAUGAUUCUUCAGCCCAGAGUCUGUCUCUGCUCUCAUCCUCCAAGAAUGUGUCCAGAGAUUCGACCAACACCAUACCACCACCAUCAAAGUCAGAACUGUGGCCAGACGCCAUGUCUGAUUCAAAAAGCAGACAGACUUCUACACCCUCUCCAUCAUCCUCUGUCUGUCCUGAAGCAGAGCUCGAGUGUCGGACACCUGUGGGCUCAGGGAAGAGAACAAGAGUCUCUGUGAAUAAGUGCCGUGUUCGCAGGAAAGAAUUGAAAACAUCCAGUGCACUUAAAACACACCUCUUGAUCCACAGACAGGAUGGGCCUCAUUUCUGUGGUGUCUGUCAGAGAGCAUUUAAACUCCAUCAUCAGCUCACUUCUCACAUGAUGACCCACCACAAGAGAAAGAGCUAUAACUGCACUCAGUCUGGCUGCCACAAAACCUAUGAUGACAAAAACUCCCUAAAACAUCACUGUGCCUCUCGACACGGAGUCCACCUCAUGUCUUCUUCCUCCUCCAGCCUCUCUUCCAACUAUGACCUGCUGGCCUCAGCGUGGGAGCCAACGGUUAAUCUAACUGCGUCCGACUACCACUUUACCUCUCAACCCAAGCCUGUUUCAGCUCCUGUGCUAAAGAAUCCCAGUCAUUCUGGAAAACUCUUUGGUUCUUAUGACACAGGAGAUCUUGGGAUGGGGCACCAUGCAGAAGAUGCCCAUCCCUCUCAGGUUCAAAAUUCAACAUGUCAAGAAAGCUGGACUUUAGAGUCUGCCAAUGACUCUUAUAAGGUAAAAGAAAGCAAGGAGAUGCUUAACUCCACCCAGUGGACUCUGGGUACUGAAAAAAAUCCAGUGGUUUCACGGAACCCAUUUGAUGUCCACGGUUUAGAAACCGGUUUCGAUUUUCCUGAAUCUUACCCAGAAGAAUUGAAAGAGAUGCUGUCAUUUCAGCCUAACAGAGAGGCACCUACCACCAGCAUGAGUUGCCCUGUGAGGCUGCGAGCUUCAGUUUCCUCCAAACAGCAUUGUCCCAUACUGCUGAAACACAGUCUGAAGGAGCCCAGACCUCCGAGCAAGUUAAAGCGUCGGCGCACAUUUUCCAGUUUCAGUUAUCCUGCUGAAUUAUACCCUGAACCAAGGAGUGAUUUUGACCGUAAUCUUGAUGAUCCUGUACUUGAUUCUCCUCCUGCAACAUUGACCAACAGUAGAAAGAGGAAGUCCUGCUCUAAGGAUGUCCUGUCUGAUGUUCCAACUCCUCCACUGCCUGUUCCUCAGCCCACUUGUCAUAAACGUUCACGACCACGCUCUUCAUACCUUGUCUCACCAAGUCAAGUGGCACUUGCAUCCUUCAGCACUUACCUUGGAAAACAGUUUUUACAAAAGGAGCCCGUUUUAAAAUCAACAGGAGAGGAACCGAAGGCUGGUUGCAGAACAUAUAAAAGAACUUCAUCUGUUCGUAGAGCUCCAUCGCAGCCCUCAUGUUCUCAAGAAGUUGUUGGAACAAAGGAGGAACAUGAUUCACAAUCAUCCACCUCAACACUGGAUGAUGGACAGAAGAGGGCUUCAGGACAAAAGUCCAAAGGAACAGACCUGUCCCCAUUAAUCAUGCCUGUGUCUGUCCCAGUCUCUGCGACAAACAUUUUUGGCCCCCAAGCUUCCACACAACAAGCCAAGAGGUCACAGACUCGUAAAGGUGCAUCUAGGAGUUCUUGUCAUCUUGACCCUUUAAACUGCCUCAUCAUCCCCAGUCCACCUCUGCCUCUACUAUCUUCCCCACAAUGCACAGAUAAUAAGGAAACCCAAGGUUUGCAGAGAAGCUGUGGCAUAGGUGUUUACCCCAGCCAGCUGCGCUCGCCACAAUAUCUGGCAGACCACCCGCUGAGCCCUAGUUUUCAUCCCCCACCGUACACCCCUCAGCCUAUGCUGAGCCCUCUCCGUUCUGGGACAGGCCUCUAUUCUAAAAAUCUACCGCAAAAUCUACCGCCAUGCUCAUCUCUACCCAGCACCUUUGAUGGUGUCUCCUUCCCAAUCGACAACACAGCAAUCAACAUACAGCCAAGGAUAAAUGUGGGUUCACGGUUUCAAGCAGAGAUCCCCCCAGUGCGGGACACGCUGUACAUGCUGUAUGAAGAACACCCCGCUCAACUUGUUUGGACUCCUUGGAAAGAUCUCUCUACUAACACAGAAACACAACAGAGGGUCAAAGAGCUGUUAGACAUGUGCUGUUCCAGUUUGCUACCAGGAGGAGGCACCAACAUUGAAUUCGCUCUCCACUGCCUUCAUGAAGUUCAGGGAAACAUAAUGGCAGCACUGGAUUUAAUCUUAAUAAGAGGAGAUUUUUGGACCUCCUGGCACCCUCUGAAUGAUUACCACUACACAGGGUCAGACCACUGGACAGUGCAAGAGAUGAAAGUGUUCAAGAAAGCUCUGGUUGAACAUGACAAGGACUUUCAACAGAUUCAUAAUGUGAUGCAGACAAAAUCAAUUGCCCAGUGUGUGGAAUAUUACUAUAACAUGAAGAAGCUGAAAAAGUUCAAGCAAUGUGUCCGAGCCUCAAAUAAAAAGGAUGAAGGUGGAGAGAUCUCUGCAUUCAAAUUCUCAGAAGAGCACAAGUCUGAAAAGGAUAAUUUGGAACACAGGACAGAAGACAACAACUACUCAGAAGGUGUGAAGAGCCACAGUUCCCUCUCAGUGAGGAUAGAAACUCCAGAUGGUGGUUGGCUUGCAAGGACACAGGUCAGAGCAGAAGACUAA